GUAAGAAAUAUACCUUAACUUUAAUAAUUUUGCAAGAGAAUAUGAAAGACUCAAACAAUUUAAGCGAGCGUAAGCACAGAAGAACAAACGUACGUGAUAGACAACGUAGGAAAGCAAUAACACACCCAAGUGAAGUGGGUGAGGAUGUCAUAACCGCCAGAGGAGUUAACAGCUCAUAUAAGAAUUAUUUUAUUACAACGGAUCGGGGGCAGCCAGAUUCUAGAAAACACCGAGAGUCCAGUCCCGAGGGAGAUGCUCCCAUCUAUAAGUUAAGUCCGCCAGAGGAUCCAAAGGAUCCUGAUCCAGAAUGUAAUUCUGCAGAACGUUACCAAAUAUCCCGGUCAGAAUGUCGAGACAAGACUUUACUUUACAUUAUCGCAGGAUAUGUGGUCGGAAUAUUAAUAGUAUUGAUCUGGUAUUAUAAAAAUCCCAAAAAGGCCUGCAUGGAUCUGAAUGGAAAAUGGGUUUUCAUUGUUCUGUUCUUUCUUUUAUUACUCGUAUUGGUUCAGAGGCGUCCAGCGAGGUGCAUUGCAGCUCUAUGUUUUGCCAGCCUAUCAAGCUACCAAUUUCGAGCAGUGAUUAUGGCCUUAGCUUUCCUUGUGGCUUGUACGGGACCCGUAAAGAAUAUUAUUCACAACAUUUGCAUCAUGGCGAACUCUGUAUCCUGCGGACAGAAUGUCCUCAUAAAGGCUCUAAGGCUCAUGCAACGUAUCAUAUAUGAUCCUUCUCGUUCAGUGGAAGAGUCGUUUCAGGCAACAUUGGCUGAUGUGCGCCUGCUCAUGAACAAAUUAGAUAAGCUUUUGCUAAAUCUGGAGAGGCCCAUAUCUCAAAUACAUGCCACUUAUAAGACCUGUGCAGAUUGGUUGAUCUUGCAAAAGGAUCAGUUUGAUUACAAGAUGGGAACUCCCUAUAACCGGUGCUUGAAAGCAGGCAACUUAAGUAUUACUCAGUGCAGAAGAGAGUUCGGAGAGAAGACCAAAGAUUGCUGUAAUCAAGAGAGAUUUGCUUGGUUCUGCGAUAGUCUCAAGAACUUGAAAACUUUUUUCGAUGAUAAUCUUCAAUGGUCCCAGGUUGUCAUUGAGGAAAUAUUCCAACGCUUCCAGUUAUGCUUCAUGAAAAUCCGAUAUACUUUUAUAACCACCAUUAGUUUUGAUCACAGUUUGAAAUUUAAUUCGACAAGUUCACUAACAUCAGAAAGGGGUCAGAUGAACGAUCAGGACAUAACCAGAAACUUUGAGUCACAGAGGCACAAGUUCUUCUUUGUUUUUAUUUAUCUUGAUAUGAUUAUUUUCAUACUUCUGCUCACUAUAAUUCUGCAAUCUCUAUACUUUUGGUUCCGAUACUUAGCCAGUGACAGCUUCGAAAAUGUCUAUAUAACCAAGGGUUUCGAGAGCUAUGAUGACCAACAACAUGAGAUAAUGGGAGUAAGAGCCUUACCCUUGAGCAAUUGUGAGGAGAAUCUAUAUGUGAAGAUAAAUUCGAUGCGUAUUCUGCCCAAAGAACACAGUACGGUUUGUCGCUCAUGGAUGUUCCUGAUGAUCACAGGAAUCCAGCUCUUCUGCAUCUGCUUCGUAGACUACAGUCUUUAUAAUAUGCUGACUUUAAUGUCCUUUCAUGGACAUAUGACUGGUGGUCUUCAACCUCCCGCUUACCAAAAGAUUGUUAUCAAGGGUGGAGGCAAAAUUGGUGACAUUUUAAGAGACCUCGUCCACGCUUUUGAGCCAAAAGCUUUUAAAAUCAAUACCCAAAGAUGUCUUCCGACCCCAGGGAAGCCUAAGUACCUCCGAUAUAUUUGGAUUUUACUGCUGUAUUUGCUGGCCUGGUUCAUGGUUUUUUGGGAGCCAUAUGGUCUACGCAAAAAACACCGUAUAAUGGUCUACUUUUACCCCGAGGAAUCCAGCCGAAGAGUUCACGACUUGCAUUAUACCAUCUUGAAAGGAAGAAAAAAUGUUUUUAAAGAAAGAUGUCAGCAGGCACGUUUGUUAAACGCUUUUGAGAAUAACAAAACAUUGUUAUCCAGGUUUCCCUGGUUUGACAAUCGUGUAAAAGGGUGUCUAAUUGGUUGUCGUAGAAUUUUUAUUGGCAAAAACUGCAUUAUUUGCAAUAAGCCUCUGACCAAGUAA